CAGCUGCUGACGGCCCCAACGUCUCUUGCCAACUAUAAACCAGAGGAUUUAUCAUUGACAGCGCGAUCGCUGAUUUCUUCGAGCUUCAUAUUCCUACAGGUCGACCGCGACCUGACGCAAGAGGAGGGGCGCAUGGCACACAACCACCAGAGGCCAAGGAGUCAAACUAAUGAGGAUACCGAGCUAUGGUUUAACUUGCCGAGUAGCGCGAGGCGAGCGCAUGAGCAAUCUCAAGCCAUAGAGCAGUCAGCAUAUCAAGCUACCUCGAGCCGUCACAGCGCCACCAGAUCAGCGUCGCCAGGCCGUUUCCCCUCGGUGCCAUUAAUAUCUACUACUGCAGCGAUCAACAAACCACUACCACCAUCUCCGGGAUCGGAAAAGAAAAAGCGCAAGCCCGCAUCGCUACGAAAUCUCAUCCGGCGCCGUCCUUCUCAAGGACUUGAUCCGUCCCAUCUUCAGCCCGAUUCGUACCAGCAUCACCAACGGUCUGUCUCUGCAAACGGAAACUUGAGCCCCGAGCCAUUUUAUUACCAGCAACAGUCCUCUCGCAGCAUGCCUACCUCGCCUCUCGAAUAUACCCAGGCUUCACCACCGGCGGCUCUGGCUCGCGCUCAUUCCGCGGCGGCACACUACCCCGAUACCACGCAAUAUCAAGCUUACUCGCUCCAACCUUCACAGCAACAGCACCAGCCCCAGCGUUCGGCCUCAGUCUCAAUGGAACCCAUCUUCGAACCGCAACCUCCCCGCGCUCGACGUACCUUCCCCGAAACGAACACCCCAUCUACCGCACCACGCGAUUCCAUCUCAGAUAGACCGCGGCCACAUACCUGGCUUUCUCCCACAGAGCCCUUUGAGGACGCAUCAGAGUUUCACCUCUUCGUGGAAGCCACUAGCGGACUUCCGGACGGCUUUGACCCGCUCUCGCCCAAUGGCGCUCCGCGACUACAAGGCUCGCUCUUCGCCCGAGGUCGCCAAAACGACAGGAUACCUUUACCCUUUCAGGAUCCC